AUGCCUACAAAUACUAUUAAAUAUGUUGUAGACCCUAUAAAUGUAAAAACAGCAUGUUCAAGUGAAGAAUCUUAUAUCAGGUGUGUUGAAUAUGGUAAAGCAAAAGCUCACUAUAGUAAUUUAAUAUUAUUAGGGAAAGCAAUUUUGGCUGGUGCGUUUGUAGGAGUUUGUGCACAUGCUUCAGGAAUAGCAGGUGGAUUGUUUUAUUUUCACAAAUUAAGAGAAUAUGUAGGAGCCUCUGUGAGUUCAUUUGUAUAUGGUUUUACGUUUCCUAUUGCUUUUUUAUGUAUUAUCUGUACAGGCUCAGAUUUGUUUACAGGAAAUACUUUAGCUGUUACAACAGCACUAUUACAAAAAAAAGUUAAGAUAUUGGAAUAUUUACGAGUUAUGACUAUAUCAUUUGUUGGUAAUUACAUAGGUGCAGUAUCCUUUGCUUUUUUUGUGUCUUAUGGGUCAGGAGCAUUUCAUAAAAACACAGAUAUUAGUAAAAAUCAUAUUUUUCAAUUUUUAAAUGACAUUGCCGCAAAAAAAGUGAGUCAUUCGUUUGUUGAAUGUAUAUGUUUAGCAAUUGGGUGCAAUAUAUUUGUUUGUUUAGCUGUUUAUUUCGUUUUAUCUAUAAAGGAUGGCUCUGGUUUAGUAUUUAGUGUAUUUUUUGCAGUUUAUUCUUUUGCCAUUGCUGGAUAUGAACACAUUAUAGCAAAUAUAUAUACUUUAAAUCUUUCACUAAUGGUUAACACCAGUGUUUCCUUUUCUGACGUAUAUUUUAAAAAUUUAUUGCCUACAUUAAUUGGAAAUUAUAUUGCAGGAGCUUGUGUUUUAGCUAUUCCAUUGUAUUUUAUUUAUAGAAAUCAUUAUAUAAAUUAUGAAAAAAUAAAUGAUGAACUAAAUAAUGCUGCAUUAAAAACCCUAUCCAUAGAACUACACAAUGGCAGCAAUGAUUUGAAAUAG